CGGUGGAAUUUCUCUUGUUGCCCUCCCUUCAACUCCUUCGUUUUCUUUCCCUCCCUGCAACUCAAGUUCUCUCUCCUUCCCCAUCGCCAUCGCCAUCUCAGCCGCAGGCGAAAUUCAGAAGUAAAAGAUGUUCAAGUUCUUGAAAGGAGUUGUUGCAGGAUCUGGCACUGGCGUUAAGGAUCUGCCUUACAAUGUUGGCGAACCUUACUCCUCUGCUUGGGGUUCUUGGACUCACUCUCAUGGCACUUCCAAGGAUGAUGGGUCUCCGGUUUCAAUAUUCUCUCUUUCAGGAAGUGCCCAAGAUGGUCAUAUAGCUGCUGGGCGCAAUGGGGUGAAGCGACUGCGAACUGUCAGACAUCCUAAUAUAUUAUCAUUUCUUCAUAGUACUGAGGUUGAGACGUUUGAUGGGUCUUCUACCAAGGUCACGAUUUAUAUUGUAACGGAACCUGUUACGCCUCUCUCAGAAAAAAUCAAGGAGUUGGGUUUGGAUGGCAAGCAGAGGGAUGAGUAUUAUGCCUGGGGAUUACAUCAGAUAGCUAAAGCCGUGAGCUUUUUGAAUAAUGAUUGUAAGCUUAUUCAUGCUAAUGUUUGCUUGGCCAGCGUGGUGGUUACUCAAACUCUGGACUGGAAGUUGCAUGCUUUUGAUGUUUUAUCCGAGUUUGACGGGAACAAGGACGGUUCUACUGGAUCGAUGCUGCAAUAUGCAUGGCUUGUGGGCACACAGUACAAAUCAAUGGAAUUGGUCAAGUCUGAUUGGGUAGCCAUUAGAAAUUCUCCCCCUUGGGCGAUUGAUUCCUGGGGAAUGGGUUGUCUGAUAUAUGAGAUCUUUUCGGGUACAAGGCUGAGCAAGACAGAGGAACUCCGAAACACUUCUUCAAUUCCAAAGUUGUUGCUUCCAGAUUAUCAGAGGCUGUUGAGUUCCACACCUUCCAAGAGAUUAAAUACUUCUAAGCUUAUAGAAAAUAGUGAAUACUUUCAAAAUAAGUUGGUGGAUACAAUACAUUUCAUGGAGGUUCUCAGUUUAAAGGACAGUGUGGAGAAAGAUACAUUUUUCCGCAAGCUUCCAACAUUAUCUGACCAAAUUCCUCGCCAAAUCGUUCUGAAGAAAAUACUUCCACUACUAGCUUCUGCUCUAGAAUUUGGUUCUGCAGGCGCUCUUGCUUUGACAGCAUUGAUGAAGAUGGGCUCUUGGCUUCCACCUGAAGAAUUUAGUAUCAAGGUGCUGCCAACCAUUGUGAAACUCUUCUCAUCUAAUGAUCGAGCUAUAAGAGUUGGAUUGCUGCAGCAUAUUGAUCAAUAUGGAGAGUCCUUAUCUGCACAAAUUGUGGAUGAACAAGUUUAUCCUUCCGUGGCUACUGGAUUCAAUGACACGUCAGCUUUUCUUCGGGAGUUGACAUUAAAAUCAAUUCUUGUUUUGGCUCCAAAGCUUUCACAACGUACUAUGUCAGGGUCUUUGCUGAAGUAUCUUUCAAAGCUGCAGGUUGAUGAAGAGCCAGCAAUUAGAACAAAUACCACCAUAUUGCUGGGAAAUAUAGCAAACUAUCUCAAUGAAGGGACAAGGAAGAGGGUCCUCAUAAAUGCUUUUACAGUCCGUGCAUUACGUGAUACAUUCCCGCCGGCACGAGGAGCAGGAAUAAUGGCCCUGUGUGCGACAAGUUCCUCUUACGAUAUCUCUGAGAUUGCAACAAGGAUUCUGCCAAAUGUUGUUGUGCUUACUAUAGAUCCUGACAGUGAUGUGCGAUCCAAGUCAUUUCAGGCUGUUGACCAAUUUUUGAAGAUUGUGAAGCAGUAUAAUGAGAAGGGUGAUACAGGAGAUUUUAGUAUGGCAAACAUUGGAACUCCCGGAAAUUCUAGCUUGCUUGGAUGGGCUAUGAGCAACUUGUCUCUGAAAGGUAAAGCUUCUGAGCAGGCACCGGUUGCUGCUGGGGGUUCUAGUGCACCACUUGCUACAACCAGCUCUGAUGUUAAUUCAGUUGUCGAUACUGUUGCUGUAAAUGCAGUCCUGACACCUCCUCGCUCAGGUUCCAGUAUGGAUUUAGUUGAUCAUCCUGUCCCAGCAUCCCCGACCUCAACAGAUGGCUGGGAGGAACCUGAGAAUGGGAAUGACGAGGAUGAUAGUGGCGACGGAUGGGAUGAUAUUGAACCGUUUAAUGAGCCAAAACCGUCUCCAGUUUUUGCAAGCAUCCAGGCUGCUCAAAAAAGGCCAGUUUCCCAGUCUAAGCCAACGUUAUCUCAACCAAAGCCGGCAGCUUCAAGUUCGCAGCCGAAAAGCACUGUAAGAAUAGCCAAAGACGACGAUGAUGAGUUGUGGGGUUCCAUAGCUGCCCCUCCUCCCAAGACCACUUCAAAAUCUUUAAAUUUGGGAACUUCAAAGACAAAGGAUGAUGAUUUGUGGGGUGCUAUUGCUGCUCCACCACCAAUAACAAAAGCCAAGCCCCUGUCUGCAGGCAGAGGUCGAGGAGCAAAACCUGCUGCUCCAAAAUUAGGUGCCCAAAGGAUCAACCGAACAUCAUCUGGUAUGUAGAUAUUAAGUGUGAGCAAAACUUGUCAAAGUCCGUUUUGUAUAACCCCAUUCUUUUUACUGAUUUAAAUAUUGUAAAGCAGUGUCUUCUGAUAUGUAUUUUUUUGGCCUGGAUCAUAUCAUCAGUUUGUUAUAUACAAACUAAUAUUCUUUUAGCUCUAUUUAGAUCUGUUUCUUUUAAAUGCUGUUGUACGACGCAUGAUAUUAGUUGUGGACAGUUAUGGUUUUUGCAA